AUGACGGAAAGCAACAACCUUUACACUCUCUUUGGUUUGUUAUUUGUUGCAAGAUGUCUCUAUGAUGUUAGCUUUAUAUACAUCUUCUUUGUGUUUGAAUCUGAUGAUGGAAAGCAACAAUCUUUACACUCUCUUUGGUUUCCUAUUUUGUUGCAGAAGAUGUCUCGAUGUCACCCUGAUUGCCAACGAGCUGCGGCUGCCAAAGUAGAGGAUGAUCCAGCUGAGAGAGCCGCUACAGUAGCUGCUAAUCUGAUCAGCUCUGCUCGUGUCAUCCUUAAGCUGGACCGUGAGUUUACUGAGUACUCAGCACAGUUCCUCGUGGACAACGCUCUUGUUGCGAAGAAACCAGUGCAGCAGGGCCCACAACAACGCUCCACGUUUACCAUGGAGGACUGUCUUGAGUAUCUGGUGGACAACGCUUCUCCCAAGACCGAGUCUGACCUGGAAGAGAUGGCAAAAGAGAAGCAACGCCGCGCCAAGAUUACUGUCAAGGACUGCCUUGAGUGUGCCUUCAAGGAAGGGAUACCGAGAUAUGAACACUGGGGUCAUUUGGGAUGUGUUUCCAAAGUUCCACCGUUUGCUUCUCUCAUGCCUCGUGUUCCCGUGAAAGGAGAAGUGGUCGAGGUUAAGACACUUGAAGACGCGUUUGAGUUGUUGACGCAUGGACCUGUAGGAGCUAAACUUCAUGUCUUCAGUCCUGAGAUUGAUCUUGUCGGAGAAAAUGGAGUUUACCAAGGGCCGUUGAGUAAUGGAACAAGCUACGUUGGGCUUAGGGAUGUGAUCCUAGUAUCAGUGAAUGAUGUCAAUGGAGAUGUAGUUGGGAGAGUGAAGAUAUGCUACAAGAAGAAGACGUCAUUCACCAAUGUGUCUUUGACUCAAAUGUUCACCAGACUAGCGCACAAUGGUGAUGGGUCUCAGACCAUUGAGCCGACGGGUCUUCUCGUUGACUUCAUCGUCCCUCGCUUGUCCAUGUGAAAAGAAGGAUCUUGGGAUGAUCUUGUGGUAAGUAAGUAUCUAGAGAGAACAAUAUGGUAAUGUAAUAAGUGAAGUAUCUCAUGAAAACCUUA